AUGGGUACAUCAGAAGAGCUCAUGUUAUUACUAAAUGAUAAAAUAACCUUAGGGGAACAUCUUGUGGUUAAAUUGGACCCAUUAAAUGAAAUAGAUGGAGUUACGAAAUUGCAAAGGAAAAUUAGGCAAGAAAUAGAAUUCUUACGGAAGUUAAAAAAAUCUAAGAAUGUGAAAAUUGAACAAUUAUCAUGUUCGAAUCUCCGGCAUCUUGGCGCUAUGGUUGAGUUGACUCUAAGGCCUGGAGUUAUUGCAGUGUGUAAAAUUUUUCACAUUAAUGACUCGUCAAAGUUAGUAAUUGAUAUAAUUAGUGAGGAAGGAAGAGUAUGGACAAAAGUUAUUGCUAGGAACCCUAAAUCUCUUUCUGCCUUAAGUGCAGGCAAAGCUUCAUAUGGAGCUCGCUCAAUAUUGGACCAAGCUGAAGAUUAUCUGGAAUGUGCUAAGCUUUACCCGUGCAUGUACAAACCUCCUAAGGUUAUUUUUGAAUUUAUGAGUGGUAUAGAAGAAAAUUUGGCAAAUAAAUUAAAAUCUGUUGGUGUGACAGUAAAAGGAGAAAUAUUGCCCAAUUCAAAUCUAUCUGAAGAUAAUAAUGAUUCAUGGGGUGAAGAAUCUAGCGAUGACGAGUGUCAAGAACACAGUGAAGGACCCUCAUUGAACUCAAUGCCAGAAUGUAUGGAUGAGCAUCCAGAAAUUAAGACUCUCAACUUGGAUGUAACGGCAAUGAUGGCAUAUGUGAGCAAUAUGACAAAUGGUCACUGUAAUUACGUGUUCAAACAGGAAGUACUCACUCAGCAGGCAGCUUGGGAAGUUGAGAGACCAGUGAAACCUAUUUUAGAAAGAUUAUUUAAAGACAAGAUAUUAGUGUGCUGCAAAACAGCUUGGGAUGAUUUUGAAAAAAUUGUAACCACUCUUGGUGGACCUAUGGAGAUCAAAAGAACACAAGAAUUGAAAAAUGUUGUCAAAGUAUAUCCUGAUGAAUAUGGUGGUGAAGAUGAUUAUCCAAGAAAGAAUUUAAAAGUUAGAGGGCAUGUUCGAUUAAGAUCCAAAAUUAUUUUUAAUUUUGGACAUAGGAUCAAAGCCCUUACUGUUUCAGCCAAUGAAGGAUUUGUUAGGGCUGCUAUGCAACAGGGCAUAACAUAUGCAUCAUUUGUGCAUGAAUCAAGAGCUUUGACCGAGGGCAAAGAGCCAACAGCCACAAAAAUCUCAUUAUGA